UUGCUCUCUGAGCAAGGAGCGCUCUUCUUGGCAGCAAACAGGACAGGUGCCUGGGUUGCUGCUUCUAAAACACAAAACAGACUUGAAGAUCUUUGCCUGGAUUAUCUAGAUUGGUAGAGAGAGAGAGAGAGGGGAGAUAAUUCCUUUACAUCUGAAAUGCCAGACAGUGAGGAUCUGGGACAAGAUGAAAGCUGGAAAGUCAUCAAUUCCAGGCAAGACUACAGACCCAGAAUAAAUCAGUGCAUUUCAGAAACACUGAUGAAUUUAUUUGUAUUUCUUCAAGAAAUGUCCCACUUCAAGGAACAAAACCCUGGCAAGUUUUGCCUACUAGUCUGCAGUGUAUGUACAUUUUUCACUGUCUUGGGAAGUUACAUUCCUGGAGUUGUCCUCUCCUAUGUCCUGUUAUUGUGUGCCUUUUUAUGUCCCUUCCUUAAGUGCAAUGAAUUUGGACAGAAACUGUGCAACAAAGUUAAGACUGUUCUGAUGAAACUAGAUUUUGGAAUAGUGGAAUAUAUCAACCAGAAGAAAAAAGAGAGAUCUGAAACAGCAAAAACAAAACCCACAGAAGAUGACAGUGAAUUAGACAUAUCAGCCCUGUGUCCUAAGGUUAGUCCUGCAGUUGUUGCCAAAGAGCUAUCAGUGUCUGACACAGAUGUGUCAGAAGUAUCUUGGACCGAUAACGGGACCUUUAACUUAUCCGAGGGGUAUUCUCCACAGACAGACACAUCUGAUGAUUUUGACCGACCUAGUGAUCAUGAAGAAGCCUUUGCUAGAGAUCUUGCAGAAUUUCCUUCUUUAGAAAAUGGUGCCGGAACAAAUGAUGACGAUGACUCAAGCAUCGGUAUGCCCAUCCAGCAAAAACGAAAAAAAGAACAAGCAUAUUUCAAGGUGGAUCAUGCUUCCAGACAGAGUAAAGAGAGACCGUCCACUGCAGGGCUCUCCUUGCCUUUGACCAGUGACCAAACCUUUAAUUUAAUGAGUGGAAUUGCUGGGGAUGUCAUCGCAGCUGCGGUGUCUGCUGCCAUCAAAGACCAGUUGCAGUCCGCACAGCAAGCUCCCUCACAUGCAGUGCCCAGUUUGAGCGAGGAGACAGACACAGAGGAAGCUGAUGAUUUUGAACUGCUUGACCAGUCCGAGCUUGAGCAGAUUGAGAAAGAAUUGGGACUUUCACAAGGCCAAGAAGCAGAAUCCCAGGAAAAGAAAAAGUCUUCAGGCUUCCUUUCAAAUCUGCUGGGAAGUCAUUAACCUGGAAAUUGCAGCUGGUAACAUA